AUGGCCAUCGUACUCAUCGAAGCUGAGCAAAACCUCGACAUGGCAAAACUGAUAGAAAAAAUAGACGCACUCAUUCAAGGACCGAUUGCGCAACUCGAGGAGAAAGCAGAAGAAAUAGCAGAAGCAACAGAAAUGCACAAAAACGCACUAGAAAGCGCAGUAUCAGAGCUACGUGGCAAUCUACACAUCUCAUCAGAAAGCAUCGAAAAAAUAGUAACAAAUGCCACGAGGGCAUCGCAAAUAGAGAAUCAAAUCGAACCAAGGGCAGAACGACCUAACGGGUCACAGUCAUAUGCCAGCGUCGUCAGAAACGAAGCCCCCCCCCAACUAACGAAAAUCUUAGCCCGCAGUGAAGCCCAAGCCAAACAGAUACUCAUCGACAAACGAACAUACGGCGAAGUAGACUCGCUCAGAGGACUCACGGAGGCGGAACUCGUUGCCAAAGCAAAACUAACAAUAGAACUGGUAGAAAGAGACGGAACAGCAAUUCCACCCAACAUCGACUUCUGCUCAGCAAGACGCUUACCCCACGGAGGAAUCCUCCUUGAACUCAACACCGUUAAAUCAGCACAGUGGUUCGACACUCCAGCCAACCGAGGAGCAUUCAUCGCCAAUUUCAGCCACAAUGUAACCAUCAAGGACCGAUCAUACAAUGUACUAAUCGAAAACAUCCCUGUCACCUACAACCCCGGAUCAGUGCAAGCCAACACGGAGAUCGAAAAGAGAGAAGGACUCAAACCAGGAACGAUAACGAGAUCGCGAUGGAUCAAACCGUGGGAAAGCCACAAACGACGUUCAGAAGACUCAAGAUACCGAUACUUCCCAACCUCCGAUCCUCUCACGUGGGAAACCCUCAGUAAUGAAACAGAACAGCGACGAGAGCCACCUGAAAACGCAACAUGGAACCAACAAGCGACGGACCUCAACACUCACGGCAACUAUGGGCGACUCCAGCUAGCACUACCAACCCGAGGAAAGGACAGCCAACAACAAAACAACGACAGACGACAGACGAAAGGACAACACAGCCAGAUCAACCCCAACCGCAUCCCCAUUGGAACCCAAGCCCAGCUUAUGGACAACUGGCUGAAUACCCGAAACAACGACGAUCCCAGCAAACGAACGGUACACUACGAACUCUCUCCCUCACCGCACCCCACUACCCCCCUCUGGUAUCCGUCCCCAACCCCAGAACCCAACACUGAAAGAUCUACCCCCACAGGCUUUGACUAA